AUGGUAAUGGUAAACGAAAUCAGUGUUAAUUCAACAGAAACAAUGACAACAGAAGAGUGUCAAGUAGGUUUAACGAAGGAGGAAUCUACAAAUAAGGAAGAUAAUGGGCAGCAUACAACUGACAAUAUUUUACAUAAUCCAUUCACUCUCGAAUCUUUUGAUACACUUAUACAACAACAUGCGGAAAAGAAUAAAGAUUUUAUCAUAGCAAAAGUAUCGACCGUUGACCCAUUAGAUGAAUUAAAAUAUUAUCAUUCAUUUUAUUCUGGUCAUCAGAUAAAUAAAAUAUUAUUCAGAACUCAACCCGAUCAAGGUUUAUUACAUCGUAUGAAAGCUAAAAAUCCAUUAAAUAAUAUGAAUAUAAUCGGUGAUGUACAUUAUUAUGUCGUUAAAGCAGCGAGUGUAAAAAAAUCACAAACAUUUGCAAAAUCUUCUUCGAUGUCUGCGACAUCAAGAAAAACAUUAACUGUUAAGGAAAAAUGUGAAACGAUAGUAGCAACUUCUUCACUUAAUAAAACUGAAGAGGGUGACUUUACGAUUAAUUUUGAUGAUGUAAUAUCGAUGGCUGAUAGAUUACAUUCCGCUCCACCAUCAAUAUGGAAUUUCAAAAACGAGGAAGAAGUAUUGGUUGCUAUUGAGAUGAACUCACAUUCAUCCAAGAAUGCUAAUAAUAAAAGAUGGUCAGCUGACGAUUCUAUAAAAUCCCCUCCAAAAGCCAUUACAUCCGACAAUCAUAGUUCUCAAUCAAGUAAAGAAUUUUCCAUUUCAAUUCCAAAAAAUGAUGACAACAUCAAUCCUUCUUCUUCCUUGGAAGAUCAACCCAUCUUAUCUCCAACACCUACAGUCACACAAUCACCAAUCAAUGUCGAAUCCCCUUCAAUACCUUUAAAUGAAAUAGAUAUGGGAGACAAUUCAAUUCAUUACAAGGCAAUUUUUUAUGCAACUGAUGAUGAUUUUUUGAUGCGUUCAACGGUACGACAAUUUUUCAAAUCAAAUGCAUUGGAUCCUGUAGAUGCACAAUUAUUCACAAUAAAUUCAUCUCCACAUAAUGUCUCGACGACAAUAAAUACAACUCCACCAAGUUCGCGAUUGGAAAGGAUGGUAACAAAUAAUGGAGCAAAUUUCUCUGAAACUACAUCUACUCCAUCACAAUCUCGCAGAAAUUCACAAUCUAUAAAUGUUCACUCAAGAUGGUGGAGAACGAUACAUAAUUUGAGAAUGAAUAAAGGGUUAAAAUGGUUGGUACUGAUGUACAUGGUAUUUGGAUUUUUAUUAAUUAGAUUUGUUGUUAAUGAAACCUAUGCUUAUUUAAUGGCUUUCCUUUUAAUGUUGUGCUUAUUCCUUGUAUUCUGUGUUGGAAGUGGUGUUGGUAUUUGGGGAAGAUAA